AGGGCAAAACCAAAAUAAGCAGAAGGGGGGGAGAGAAGAAAACGAAGGUGGGUGUGAGAGGGCAUGGCAAGCGAGACCAAAGGCACAGGCGGUGGCGGUGGCGGUGGCGGUGGGGGCGGCGGCAAUGUGGGAGGAGGGUUCAAGUCGAGAAUGGAGCAUUUCUUGUACAGUGGAGACAAGAAGCACGUCAUGGCUGGCAUCGCUAUCAUCGCCGUCAUCUUUGGUGCCCCUUGGUAUUUCAUGAAUCGAGGAGCAAAGCAUCAAUCACACCAAGAUUACAUGGAAAGAGCUGACAAAGCACGGAGUCAGCGGCUAUCUUCUGCUUCAUCUUCUUCUAAACAAUAAGGGAGUCAUUAUCAAAUGGAAACGUUUUUCUGCAACAAACUUUUUGAUAGUUAGUCAGCAUACAAGCUUCUUGCUGUUCAUUACUCUGUCCUUUUAUCGUCCUCAUGUGAUGAGAUUGUUAAUCCCACGGGUGAAAAGUGGGAUAUGAAAUAACAUAGAAUUUUUCUGGUAUCAUGUACUUUGCUUAGGAACAAAAACAUCCCUUUGAUGAAUGAACACUAGUCUUUUUACCAAUAUGUGAUCUUGUCUUUGCAAUGACUUGCGUUUCCCUUUCAUUGUAAUUUGGAGCCGUUUGGCAGAGCUUAUUUGUCAAGGAAACACUUCUUUUCUCUUAAGCAUGAAAAUUUUUUAGAAGAAAAUGUUGCUUUUAAG